AUGUGCGGCUUCUUCGUUUCCGCCCAGGGUCAAGCGAGGAUUGGCCCUGCAGGUCGCCUUCUCUUUCCCUUUCACUCUAUCUUUCUCACUCUCUAUUUGUCUCCAUUUCUCUCGCUCUCUUUUUUUUUAAUUCUUCUUUGCUUUCUCGAUUUUUCUCUAUUUUUUCCAUUUGUUUUACUAUCAUUGAUUUUUCUUUCUCUCAGAUUACUUCUCUCUCUAUCGAAAUUAUUUCACUGUUUCCAUCUUUUACUCCCCCUCAUUUACUCGACCUUCUCACUCCCUACCUAUCUCUAUAUCUAUAUCGAUCUCUCCCUCUCUCUUCAUUUCUUUUUCUCUCCUUCUUUUCUUUUUCUAUCCCUCUCCUACUACCUUGUUAAACAAUCUUUAUUCUUAUUCAUAAAGAAUACGUUCACGCUGUUAUUUCUUUCUUCUCUCUUCUUUUUCCCUCUCUCCUUCGCGCAUUCUCUCUUUCCUCUCGUCUCUUUAUCGCUCUCUCUCCCCCUCUCUUUCUCUCUCUCUCUCUCUCAUUCUUCAAUUCUUUUUUCUUUAACUUCUCUAUUUCUCUCUCCCUUCCUCUCCCACGAUCGCUCCCUACAUCUUUCUCUUUCUUUCCUUCUCUCGUUUUCAUUCCCUAUCUCUUGCUUCUUCUCUUUCUACAUUUUCUAUUCUUUAAGUGAUCUUUUUUUUGUCUUAAAAAUGCUUUCCUUCGUAUUAUUUCUUCUAUCUUCAUUAUUUCUCACUUUCUUCCUUUAUCACGAUCGCUCCCUACGUCUUUCUCCUUCCUUCCUUCCUUCCUUCCUUCCUUCCUUCCUUCCUUCCUUCCUUCCUUCCUUUUUUGAGCCUUUCUUCUUGCUCUCUAUCAUUCCCUAUAUUUCUCUCUCACUCCUUUCAUAUUUUCUCUCUUUCCUUCCGUCUCUUUAUCACUCAUCCUUAACUCUCCCCCCCUCUCUCUCUCUUUCAUUUUUCAUUCGUAAUUUUUUACCUAUAACUUCUCUUUUCCUCACUUUCUCUCUCCCUUCCUCUGUCACUAUUGCUCCCUACCUCUUUCUCCUUCCUUCUUUCAUUCCUUCCUUUUUGUUCUCAUUCUCUCUCUCUUUUUCUCUCUCAUUCGCUCGUUCCUCUCUCCUUUCAUAUGUUCUUUUCUUUCAAUCAUUUUCUUCCAAUCGAAACUAA